AAAGGAGAAAUAUUUUUUUUUUGUUAAAAAUAACAUAAAAAGAGCUCAAAAGCGGUGAAUAAAGAAAAACAAAUGAGAAAAUAAAAAAUAUGGAAGUAGUAUUGCUUCUAUACGAAAAUAAAUGUGAAAUACGUUUAAAAGGAUGAGCGCAAAAAGAUGAGUAGCUGAAUAGAGAGAUGGAUUAAACCGAGAGGCGGUUUAAAAAAACGCGAAAAAGGGAUACCUUAAAAGAAUUCUAAAUAAUAAAUUAAAUGAUAAAUAAGAAAAUUUUAUAUGUAAAACAAAUCGUUUUAAGUAGGACAACAAAGGAUUUAAAUAAAUAGAAAAGAAGAAAAAAAAAAAAAAAAGAAGAAGACGAUUUCUAUGAAUAAAACGAAACGUUGUACGUUUGGAAGAAAGAGAGAAGAGUAAUUUUAAAAAUCGAAGAAAAAAAAAUUUGAAACGUACGAGAAUAGAGAUAAUACGUAUUUGAGAUAGAAAUGAGCGAAAGCUGAAAAUUGAGACAAAUUUGUAUUUAAGAUUAGACAAAAUAGACAAAAGACACGUACGUAAAUAAGUAAAAAAGAAAGAGAAAGAGAAAAGAAAGAAGGAGAAGAUUAAUUUAUUUAUUAUUAUUAAGAAAGUACGCACAAAAUAUUUUUCAGCAAUAGCGAACUCUUCAGACAUGAAUGUGACUUCGGACAAUUUCGGAAACGAGAGUUACAACGUGAGCAAUGGUCUCGAUUGCGGCGGAGAAUUACACUCGUACAGAAUAUGGGAACGCGUGUUAAUCGUAAUCAUAGCCCUUUUCCUUAGUCUGACCACCGUUGUCGGUAACAUAAUGGUGAUGAUCUCGUUUAAGAUCGACAAACAGUUACAAACGAUCUCUAAUUAUUUCUUGUUCAGCCUAGCAGUUGCUGAUUUCGCGAUCGGUCUAAUUUCCAUGCCUCUCUUCACGGUAUACACUGUGCUCGGUUAUUGGCCGUUGGGACCGCAUAUUUGCGAUACGUGGUUAGCGUUAGAUUAUUUGGCAAGUAACGCAUCAGUAUUGAAUCUUCUUAUUAUCAGCUUCGAUAGAUACUUCUCUGUGACGAGGCCUCUCACCUAUCGAGCCAAGAGAACUACUUCCAAGGCCGCCAUUAUGAUCGCAUGCGCCUGGGGAAUUUCAUUGCUUUUAUGGCCACCUUGGAUCUAUGCUUGGCCAUACAUCGAGGGCCAACGAACGGUACCCAUCAAUGCAUGUUAUAUACAAUUCAUCGAGACAAAUCAUUACAUCACAUUCGGUACCGCAAUUGCUGCAUUUUAUGUGCCUGUCACUGUGAUGAUCAUUCUUUAUUGGCGCAUAUGGAAGGAAACCAAGAAGCGGCAAAAAGAUCUUCCGUACUUGCAAGCUGGAAAACAAGAUGCCAGUAAAAGGAGUAAUUCCAGCGAUGAAGCGUUAGACAUGGAGGACUGCAGGAGGCCUAGAAGCGAAUCGAGCACAGGAGUCGAAGACGUGAACGCGACACAUAUCGCAGUCUCUUAUCUAGAAAAACAUUAUCCUCAAUAUAAAACGAAACACAGACCAUUUUCGUGGAUGUGGUUAAAGAUGUGGUGUAUCGCGUGGUGGCACAGUGGUCGCGAAGACGAUGACGAAGAGGAGGAUAUCGAGGGAGCUGAGAGCAGUCGUGCUACACACGGUUAUGACGAAGCCAUAACGCCAUUGUCAGCGGAAACCCCUCUUACUGGUACGGUCUCUCGAUCUGCCUCUUUAAGUGGAAUUCAUCCUACCACGUUAACUGUUGAGAGAGCCAUUAGUAUCGCUGAUAACCACGAUUAUAAAAAAUCUGGAAAAGCCGGCGAACUAUCAACGAAAAGCAUCUCUAGCGAUUCUGUUUACACGAUUCUAAUUCGACUUCCAACAAGAGACACCAGUGGUAUGGGAAAAUAUUCGGAAGGUCCAAGUAUAAAAAUGUAUCACGACGAAACAGUGAGUCCUUCGAUGAUCACUAGGAGACCAUCUCACAUGCCGGACAUAAGGAUUCCCUUAAACACAAAAAACAUUCCGAAAGCAUUAGGGAGCAAGCCAGCCGCGAAUAAAACUACGAACAAGAAGAAAAAGAAAUUGCAGGAAAAAAAGGCCGAUCGAAAGGCCGCGAAAACUUUGUCAGCCAUCUUGCUGGCAUUUAUCAUCACCUGGACACCGUACAAUAUUCUCGUUCUAAUUAAAUCCAUCACAGCCUGCUCGUGGUACAUCCCGCAAGAGCUCUGGGACUUUUUCUAUUAUCUUUGUUAUAUCAAUAGUACUGUGAAUCCAAUGUGUUACGCCUUGUGCAAUGCGGCAUUCCGACGAACAUACGUAAGGAUUCUCAAGUGCAAGUGGCAUAAUAGAAACAGAGCCGCGAUUGACAGAGGAUGAUAUCAGUAGAAACGCCCAGCAUGCGACAUCUGCACGCUUAUGGGCGUACUAUUUUCUCUAUCAUUUUCUCUCUUCUCCUUUUUAAUCAUUCCUCCGAACGUGCUUGCCGAUGAUAGGGAA